AUGUCUUUGGAAAGUGAUGAGGGCAUCGGAUUUGAGGAACAGACAGUCCAGAACCCCUCUGCUGAGUUCAUACCACCUAGUGUAACAAUCCCCGUAUCAGAUGCUACUCACACGUACUGUUCCCCAGUACCACAGCAGAUACUGGACAAUCCAGAGGAGGAGUGUCUAUUAGGAGUAGACGAGGCUGGCAGGGGCCCUGUCUUGGGCCCAAUGGUGUAUGGUGUCAGUUACAGCUUGAAAAGUUUCGAGAAAACUUUACAGAAGAAGUAUGGGUUUGCGGACUCAAAGACGCUCUCUGAGGACAAGCGAACCAACCUUUUGAAGGCAAUCUGCGACAAGGAUCACGAUCUCUACAAGAAUAUUGGCUGGUGUACUACAUCUCUGACAGCACGAGACAUUUCCGCGGGAAUGCUUAAGUCCUCAUCGCAGGGAAACUACAACUUGAAUGAACAGGCUCACGACACAACCAUUGAUCUGAUCAAGAGAGUGUUGGCAAUGAAGGUAAACUUGACAGAGAUUUACAUCGACACCGUUGGUCCUCCCGCCACAUACCAGCGAAAGCUGCAGGAUAUUUUCCCGCACUUAAAGGUGACAGUCGCAAAGAAGGCAGAUGCCAUCUAUCCCUGUGUGUCUACAGCCUCGGUAUGUGCCAAGGUGACCAGGGACAUAUCGCUAGCAGUGAGCAGAACCACAGAAGACCCUUGGGGCUCGGGAUAUCCGGGUGAUCCUAAGACAGUGGCAUGGUUGAAGAAUAAUAUCGAUCCGGUUUUCGGAUGGGGGUCCAUGGUUAGACAUUCCUGGCAGACUACCAGAGACUGUCUGUUGAAAAAUGGAGGAGUAGAGUUUGUAUGGCCAGACGAUGUCCAGAAGCCCGAGCAGUUCAACGAUUUGUUCACAAAGCGAGCAGACGAGAUAACGACACAAUGGUACUUGGUAGAUUAG